AUGACCUCGGAGCUGGAGAGUAGCCUCACCUCCAUGGACUGGCUCCCGCAGCUUAGCAUGAGAGCGGCCAUUCAGAAGACAGACCCGGGUCACCUGUACCACCACCACCACCAGGGCCACCACCUCCACGCGCCGCACCACCUACUCGGACACCAGCACCACGGUGGGGCCAAGAAGAUCGUGCACCUGGACCAGAGCACCACCCUGGAUCAGGAGGAGGCGGCACAGCACAGGGAUGGGAAGCCGCCCUACAGCUACGCUAGCCUGAUUACGUUCGCUAUCAAUGGUUCGCCACGGAAACGCAUGACUCUGAGCGAGAUCUACCAGUGGAUCUGCGAUAACUUCCCGUAUUACAGAGAGGCGGGCAGCGGCUGGAAGAACUCCAUUCGGCACAACCUGUCCUUGAACAAGUGCUUCCUCAAAGUCCCCCGCUCGAAAGACGACCCCGGCAAACCGAACGCGGUGAGAUGUGCCCUUAUAUGCCUCCGCAAAGCCUUAAAAGCUCUGCACGCCGCCGCCACGGUGAAUCUCUAA